CCCGGAAGGGUGGACGCUCGGGGCAGGGUGGCGGGAAGGUUUCAUCAGAGAGCGGCUGAGCUAGAAAGAAAUUUGGAUCUCCAGUUUUCAGAAAUGACAUCCAUUUCAGCUCUAACAGAGGAACUGGAUUCUGUGACCAGUGAACUGCAUGCAGUCGACAUUCAGAUCCAAGAGCUUGUGGAAAGGCAGCAGGAGCUUCUUCAGAAAAAAUCAGCUUUAACAAAGAAAAUAAAGCAGUGUCUUGACAAUUCAGAUGCUGGGGCCAGCAAAGAGUGUGAUUCUUCACCAGCUGCUUGGAAUAAAGAAGAUUUUCCAUGGUCUGAUAAAAUUAAGGAUGUUCUGCAAAAUGUCUUCAAACUGCAGGAGUUCAGGCCACUUCAACUUGAAACUAUUAACGUAACAAUGGCUAGAGAGGAGAUAUUUCUGGUUAUGCCUACAGGAGGGGGGAAGAGCUUAUGUUACCAGUUACCAGCAUUAUGUUCAGAUGGUUUUACACUUGUGAUUUGCCCAUUGAUCUCUCUUAUGGAAGACCAAUUAAUGGUUUUAAAACAAUUAGGAAUUUCAGCUACCAUGUUAAAUGCUUCCAGUUCUAAGGAGCAUGUGAAAUGGGUUCAUGCUGAAAUGGUCAAUAAAGACUCCAAGUUAAAGCUAAUUUAUGUGACUCCAGAGAAGAUUGCAAAAAGCAAAAUGUUUAUGUCAAGACUGGAGAAGGCCUAUGAGGCAAGGAGAUUCACUCGGAUCGCGGUGGAUGAGGUGCACUGCUGCAGUCAGUGGGGACAUGAUUUCCGGCCUGAUUAUAAAGCCCUUGGUAUACUGAAGCGGCAGUUCCCUAACACCUCUCUAAUUGGGCUGACUGCAACAGCAACAAACCAUGUUUUAAAGGAUGCUCAGAAAAUUUUGUGUGUUGAAAAGUGUUUUACUUUUACAGCUUCUUUUAAUCGUCCAAAUCUUUAUUAUGAGGUUCGGCAAAAGCCUUCAAACACAGAAGAUUUUAUUGAGGAUAUUGUAAAACUCAUUAAUGGGAGAUACAGAGGACAAUCAGGAAUCAUAUAUUGUUUUUCUCAGAAAGACUCUGAACAAGUUACUAUUAGUUUACAGAAGUUGGGAAUUCAUGCUGGGGCUUAUCAUGCCAAUAUGGAGUCAGAAGAUAAAACUAAGGUUCACACAAUGUGGUCAGCUAACAAACUUCAGGUAGUAGUGGCAACGGUUGCAUUUGGUAUGGGAAUUGAUAAGCCUGAUGUGAGAUUUGUUAUUCAUCAUUCAAUGAGUAAAUCCAUGGAAAACUACUACCAAGAGAGUGGCCGUGCGGGUCGAGAUGACGUGAGAGCAGACUGUAUUUUGUAUUAUGGCUUUGGAGAUAUAUUCAGAAUAAGUUCAAUGGUGGUCAUGGAAAAUGUGGGACAACAGAAGCUUUAUGAGAUGGUCUCCUACUGUCAAAAUAUAAGCAAAUGUCGCCGAGUAUUGAUAGCUCAACAUUUUGAUGAAGUGUGGAAUUCGGAGGCAUGUAACAAAAUGUGUGACAACUGCUGCAAAGACGUUUCUUUUCAAAAAAAGAACGUGACAGCAUACUGCAGAGAUCUAAUCAAGAUCCUGAAGCAGGCAGAGGAACUGAAUGAAAAACUCACUCCACUGAAACUGAUGGACUCUUGGAUGGGAAAGGGCCCUGCGAAACUGAGAGUGGCCGGGGUCUGCGCUCCCAUGAUGCCUCGUGAGGAAAUGGAGAAAAUUAUUGCCCACUUCCUUCUACAGCAGUAUCUUAAAGAGGACUACAGUUUUACAGCGUAUGCUACUAUUUCAUAUUUGAAACUUGGACCCAAAGCGAAUCUUCUGAACAGUGAAGCACACAUCAUUAGUAUGCAGGUGGAGAAGCCCACACAGAGCUGUUUCAGGGCUGAACCAUCCGACUCUUGUCAUUCUGAACAAGUUGAUAACAUGGGGAGAGAAAAAAGCUCAAGCAACUUCCAAAAGUCUGCAAACAUGUCUCAGCAAACUGGCACCAAGAAUCCAAGGGGCAAGAAAAGAAAAAUAGAUGCCUGAAAUGACUGUUACUAAAUUUCCCACAAAAGGAAUAAUUCAUGCAUGUGUAGUUAAAAUUUUGUAGUUAAAAUUUCAUUUA